UAGUACUUGUAGCUCAAAUGGAUCAUGAGAUUAUAGAUAGCGGUCCUCAUAGUUAUGCAUACGUUACUUUAUUGGCAGGUGAUGGUGAUUAUGUGAAAGGUGUUGUUUGUUUGGCGAAGGGAUUAAGGAAGGUGCAAGCAGCUUAUCCGCUUGUGGUGGCUGUUUUUCCUGACGUUCCAGAGGAGCAUCGCAACAUGCUCUUGAACCAGGGAUGUAUCCUUCGUGAGAUUGAUCCUAUCAGCAACAAGGAGAGCUCCUUUGCUAGGGCAUAUUUCACCAUCAACUACUGCAAGCUUCGGCUUUGGAAGUUUGCAGAGUAUAGAAAGAUGAUUUGCAUGGAUGCAGACAUUCAAGUGCUUGCGAAUAUAGACAACCUCUUCGAUUUACCGUCUGGUUGCUUCUACGCAGUGAUGGAUUGCUUGUGCGAGAUGGGUGGCCAAACUUGUCCGCAGGUGGUUCCGGGUCCCCAAGAACUGGGGGAAAGGCCUCCGUUUUAUUUAAAUUGUGGCAUGUUUCUUUUUGAGCCUUGUCUCGACACAUACGCCAGACUCUUGAGCACCCUUGAUGUCACACCUUUAACCCCAUUUGCCGAGCAGGAUCUGCUUAACUUGUUCUUCAAGGACAGCGCGAAGCCAAUCCAUCAGGUCUACAACUUGUUAGUGGCAAUGAUAUGGCGCCACCCCGAGCAUGUUGAGUUUGAUGUACUGAAGGUGGUUCACUUCUGCGUCGCUGGUUCAAAGCCAUGGCAGUAUACGGGGGAAGGGGAGCAUAUGGAGAGAGCAGAUGUAAAAAUGUUGGUUGACCGCUGGUGGGAAAUUUAUAACGAUUCUGCAAUGGACUUCCCUGGCUUCGGAGCAAGUAGCCAGGUUUCUGGUUGAUGGUGAUGAACCUUUUACCUAAAUAAAGAAGACUCACAUGUUUUGUGGCUGUCUUUAGUUUGCAUGUAGUAGUUGGAUUUGCUCAUAGUCUUUGCAUCUUCGACGAAGGCAAAUUACCUGUAUUAUCCAGACCUGUUUGUCUGUUGCAGAGUUGCAGUACAAACGUCUGUAUAAAAUCUCUACUUAGAUC